ACCAAUUUGCGUCACAGACUGUUCCAUUCCCAAAACCGAACCCAUAUUUUGAUUCCCAAUCCAAUUACAACCGUCGAACUCAAUGAAAAAAUCCUCCCCCCCACAACAACCAUCAGAAUCUCGUAGAACCCUGAAACCUCCAAUGGCAUUGGCUUCAAGCACUACAACCAGUUACAAGAACGGGGGGUUUCUUGAAGUGGUGUGUAGGAAGAGGGACAGGGACAGGGAUCAGCGCUACCCUUACCAAGUGGUUGAGAUCACUCCGCCGCCGCGCCAUCUCGGCGUCCGAUGCCUCCCUAUGAAUAUACACUGUGGAGAGAGCGUGACAAUUGAAGGCCAAAUGUAUACAGUAUCAGCUGUGACGCACCGGUACCAGCUGCGCAAGGGGAAAUAUGAACCAAGUGAGAAGAGGCUUGAUGUGCAGUCAACUGGAAGAUACAUCCUCAAUUUGUAUUUGGAUAAUCUUUUAGAGAAGUCAUGAAUAUAAUUAUCAAUCGGAAACCGAGAUCAAUAUCUUAAACAUAGCCUACCUCCACUUUUUUGUUGAUGAUGUUUUCUUUAACUUAUUGUAUAUCUAUGAACAGAGAAAUUCUCGCGGGUU